AGAAAAUUAUUGUAAAAAAAAGAUUUUUACUAUUUUUUAGAUGAAAUAAAAUAAAAUGUUAAAAAUGUAACUCUUGUCAUUGAUUUGCGGCGAUUCCACGGGAUAAAAUUUCACAAUCAGUGGUUUCGAUUUUUUCGUGGGUCAGGCUCUGAAGCAUAUCGCGGCAUAAAAUCUGCCAUUAAAUCUAAACUCAAAAUUAACGGCAUGGAAACUCGGCCACUUGGGAACAUGGUCACGUCAGAAAAGGCCAUAAAUGCAAAAGCGGAAAGAGUAAAAUAGAAUUAACAGUGAAUCGGAAUAAAGACGGUUGUCAACAUAUUCAUUGUCCUCAUUUGCUUUACAGCACAUCGUCCUUAUUACAAAAUUGUUAAUCUUUACUGCAAGAACAAAAUUUUUCAUCGUUUUCUUUUUUGCAAUUAAUUUUAGGACCAAUGUUUAAGUAUCACAAAAAUUUUUGUUGAUUAGGAAAAAAAGAAUGAAAAACCUGCUAUUUUUUAAUUUCGAACUUUUAAGUUUUUCGAACAAAAAUAUCCUUAAACAAAUUGAAUUCUUAUUUUUAUUAUAAGCAUUAAGUGAUCUCUUAAGUUGAAUUCUUAGAUCCAAAUUAAAUUAAAUUAGAUUUAGACAAUAUAGUAUAAUUAAAAUCAUACUGUAGGUAACCCGGAAUUAAAUUUACUUAACAGUCGCGAAAAAGUUAUUAUAACAUGAUGCAGUAUUUCUGAUCAUACCAUUAACGUUGUGGUACUUAAUCAAUCAAAUCGAAUUAUUAAAACAUGAGCACGACUGCGCCAUAUUGCGUGGAAAAUGAUCGAUCUCCCAAAAGCAAGGAAAAAGCUGAUCUCGUGCGUCACGCGCUAUUAAGCCCAGACUCGUGGCGUCGCGCAAAACGCCGAAAAAAAAUUGUUUGAAAAUUAUAAACAUGUCACUGCGGUCGCCUGCGAGUCCGUUCUCGCUCGCGGUUCGCGGUUCCAAGAUUUACGCACCCGGCGCUAAAUCAAGGAGAAAGAGAAACAGAAAGAAAGAAAGAAAGAACAUUCUAUACUCUCGAGGUACCGUGGUUAAAAACGCCGGACGUAAUGCGUACCGAGUACUCUCGGCAUUGUAAAGGCACAAAAAAAUCAUUGCAAAAAAAAACUGAAGAGGUCGAUUGUUCGAUCAGACUUUUUACGCUUGCAAGGCUUAAAAAAUUGGCAUUAUGAUAUCAUUACAACCUAAAUAUUAGUCUUCUAAUUUAAUUCACACUACAAUCCAUGACUUUAUCCAUGACUUUACGAUUCCCCAUCCGCGUAUGAUGUAUCUCGAUUUUAUUUCUAAAAAUAUAUAAGUGUUAAAUAUUUUAUUAUACAACGUGAUUUGUAUUUAUGUUGGGUUGUAAAGUUGAUUGUAAACGGCAAGAAAGCGGGAAUGCGUGAGAACACGUUAGGGAAGCGUGUGUAUUGCGCAAGACGAUCUGCAAUUAUACUGGGAUGCUGCGCCUCUUUAUUUAUGACUUUAAAACACCUUUAAGAACUUGCUCCGAAUUGUAUUUCAGCCACCGCGUAACGGGUUCGUGGACCCUAAAAUUGAUUUAUUUUGAAAGAGCAGCAAAGAGCAUCUUAAAACGCGGAUGCCGUUCGCCGAUCGAAGGUGGCGACUAGACGUAGAAGUUAGCGCGAGCGCGUGAUGGUGGAGUAAAAAAAGAUCUUUACGACGAAAUCACAAUUAACCGUCCCCUAUCUUCUCCUCCGAUCUUUGUGGUUUCGGUACGAAGGAUGAGAGAAUCCGGAUGAAAAUCCGCGGCGGCGGCGGCGGCAACGCGCGCUCAUUGCAAAUCUCGCAAUAAAAGUGCAAUAAAUUCAUGCAGUUUAGAUGCGUCUGACUGGCGACUCAAUUUGCUUCUGGUUCUGCCGCCUGCUCAUUGGUGGAACGGCGAUAAACUCGUCCGCUGUCGUACGUAUACGUAAGCUUAUCUCGCGGCUCUAACGUGAUUUUUCACCGUAAACCGGCAGUGAAUACCGUCCUAUCUAAAUGCCAUGGGAUAUCAAUAUCGUUGAAAAAAUCCGAAUUUCACAAGGAUGACCAAAUCACUGAAAAUACGUGGCAAAAGAGGCGAUAUCAAUCAUCGAAUCGCGACAUUAUAUAAACGUAUGUAACGCGCUAUUAUUAGCAAUAUGACCCGAUUGCAAUUUACGAUACCCCACUUCUUUGUUCCAACGUUGUUCAUUAUUGUCGGGCAUCGCGUUUGUACUUGUUGCACUCGCCGGGUUUUACUCGUUGAUCUCUAAACAGAUUUCACCCGCCGCAGGCGGUGCCGCAUAUAUCGCGAUAAUGAAGGCAAUCCAUUUGCUUAUUCACCAUGUCACUCUCGUGGGAGUAAAGACAUUAGCGCGGCAACGAGUAAAUCGUCUGUGCGACAGAGUGAACGUAGGCGCCUCUUUUGCACGACACGCAUCCAAGUUCCAGAUUCAUCGCCGCGCGUAUCGGGUGAACGGAUCGCGAGCGGUUGAUUUACACUGGGCGAAAGCCCGGUUCAAACAAAAUCCAUCAGAUGAAUCGAAUGCUAAUUAAUAUUAUAUUGUCACAAAAGUGUCAAACAAUUAUCGCAUUAUCGCGUCAUUUGUUACUCUAGUAUGUUUUAAUAUUCUCCAAGUUGCUGAAGCGUCUUGAAAUUAAUGCUGAAACGUGGGGAGUCUUAAAUCAAGAGUGCGUACAUUCAUCGUUCGCGAUCAAGGUCACUGCGCCGUCGCGGAAACACGAAUUUCAGGUUUUCGUCACAAAAAAUCCACAAUUGCUUAAUACAUAAUAAGUACGGAGCAUCGGCUUUGUCGGUGUCACUUUAAUUGGCGACUGGUCCGGGGAACCAGUCCUCCCGCCGGACCCGAUUCACCCAGUGAUACCUCAGUCUGGGCGAGUUUCCUGAGGGCCAUUCACAAAUGAUAUCAUGAAUGAGCUUCGUUCUGAAUAAAACCUCUCGCGGCGAAUCCGCUCGGCCGCGCAAUAUCCGACGAUCCGUCGCGUUUAAUAUCAUAGAGCCGGUUUUGAAGGCGAGUCGGCCUAUUUGCGAAAAUGAUGAAAAUGAACUUCGACUUUUACGCAGGAUUUAUUUGUAUCACUGCCGAUUAUUUAUCGUCGGGUCCAAGAUGUAAAUUCGUUUAGUUAACAAACUAUCGUCAUUACACAACAGUUAUGCCACCCAGGUUUAACGUUAAUAGUCGAAAUUUAAAUUCGCUCCCGUGGCAGCCGCUGGUUUUCGUAAACACUGUGAAAUCGCAAUUAUGCAGAAUCAACCCUGAUUUAUACGACGGUCUCUCGAGUGCACUAAUUAUGCGACAGCCACGAGGAAAUUAUUCUCAAGAGACAGAGUUCGAAUAAGUCGCUUAAUUACAUCGGAUUUGACGAUUAGGUAACCGCGCUUUACAAGUCUCCCUAUAAGCGUUUACACCCGGCAGUUAUCAAACCGUCGUCAACCAUUUAGUGUUUCCUACACGGUCGAUUAAAUACGUUGAACCUGUCAUUUGAAUUGGGACAAACUUGUAUCACGAUAAACUCGAUUGCAUUACUAUCUUCUUUCAGAUAUUAAAGUUUGUAUUCUUCACGAAAAAAAACUUCUUUUAUAUAAAAGUCAAGGUCUCUCUCUCUCUCUCUCGUAUUUAUCCCUUUAUGUACUCAAUAUAAUACCGAGCAAUCGUUCGUCGAAUGUCCUCCGCAAUUUUCUUGCUUAUUAAAUUGUACAUAGACUUUAUUUAUUAUUCACAUUUAAUUUUGCUUUAAUAUAUUCACGCUAUAGAUAACCGACGGCAGAUCGCGAAUGAUGAUAAAACCAUGCGGAAUAUUGCGGUAAUUUAUCGCGUCGGCACUAGAAUAUGAAUCGUAGCGCAAAUUGAUCUUAUUUUCAUAACUAAUCAUAUGUGUCUGUACGUAUUACGCCUAUUAGAGAAGUCGGCCAGUCCUAUUCACCAGAUUUUCCCAAAGAUUUUUCCCAGAGCGAAUACACGAGAUGUCUAUUUACUGAUUAGCUGUCGAUCUCGGCAAUUUGCUGAGCAAAGCCAUUGGAAUAUAUUAAACAAUAUUUACCGUUCACGUUUUCAUAGACUUCACUUCGAUGUGAAACAUCAACUAAUGAACGUUACAUGUCAAACAGACAUAACGAUACGUCGAUAAUUCCUGCUUCAAUGAAUAUAGCCGGUACUAUUUUUACGAUGUUUUCGUAUUUUAAAUGAUUAACGUAGCUGUAAUGAACAUCGUAAAAGAGCAACUGCGGAAAAAAAGAACGUAGAUGACCAAUAUUUCAUUGAAUUCGAGAUCGCGAGAAAUUGUGCUGGCAGCAAGAAAGUUAAGAAUCAUGAACGAUGGCGUUUUCCCACGUGGAAAAAAACUCGCGCGGAGUUCCCGCGGAUUCUCCGGCUGACUUUAACGAGUGCGGUUGCACCGCCCCGGCUUCAUUAUUUAUUCUAAGUACGCGACUGUCGGUGUAAAUUAAAGAUCGCGGAUUCGUUAAGGCGGAUUCGUCGCGUGGGCGGAAGGAAUGGUAACGUCAAGGGGCUCGUAAAGAGAAUAUACGACGCGACGUCGCGAAAUAUGUAAGCCUGCUAAUGUGUCGGGAGCAGCUUAUCACAGGCACCGACUGCUGUUAAAUUUUUGUUAUAGAGUCUCGCGAAAUUCAAUUCCUGAUCGGUAGCGAUUAUUAAAUAUCGACUGCAUGAAUAAUUGAGAACAACAUGGACAACUUUUUUUUCAAGAGCUAGUCUCUCUCUCUCUCUUGGUUACCAAUCUGUUUCACCACUCGCGCUCACGAUCGGCAUUCUCCUUCACCAAGGGCUCGACGUAUGUAGUAAUUACCGCGAAAGUUAACGGUAAUAAACUAUUACUAAUAAAUGACAGCUCAGAGAUAGAAGGCGCCAGGUAACCAGGCUUAACGCAUUCUCCACUAUGUUUUUAUCGCUGUGUAGUUAGGCGCCGAUAAGUGACUCAAUGCAAAUCCUGACGGCGGCGGCGGCUCCGCCUCUGCUAAAUGCCAAUGGGCUUCUACGUACUUCGUACUUAUCAAUGCGUUACGCGGCAAUUUCGCGAUACAAAGUCCCCGAUCACACGUCACCCGGGCGAAAUUCUCGCGAGUCCGCAAAAAUUCGAAUUAUUACGCUUAUCGUGUCGAUUAAAGUUCUGUACAACUGUAACGUCAUCCUACAAAAUCGUAUCAUGACCGAUUCUUACGUCACUACGUACUUUACCGUCUCAUUCAUAUCUUGUCGUAAUCAAGCGAAAAAUUGCAACAGUUAUAUGGGUUUACCCGCGACUUUAACUAUCAACUCGGAAUACAAUAAUCGCGAUUUGUUCCGCUCGGCGGGAUAUUAAUGCUUAACGAUACAUACCGGGAUAAUCUCGCGAUGGCGAGAUAAUCAGCAGUAAACCAUUGAGAAUACUCAUGCAGGCCAAAUUACCGGGACUGCAAGUCACCGCGCGAGAAUUAUGCGUCUCGUUCGUUACUCGUAAACGAUACCGUAAUUAAACCGCAAGCCUUCGCCUUCGUGCCCGUGUCUUCGAGAGCAGGCCGAUUGACUGUUUAUCUUGCGGCAUCGGGAUCGUUAAUACGUCGAUCGAUGAUGAUUGCGCAUCCGGCUCGACGGGGUGUUCAUUUGACGGACCUUGCUCGUACGUGUGCACGAAAGAGCGAACGAAAUGAAGGACAAGGCAAAAUCGGAGGGUAAGAGAAAACCGAUGUUUUCACGUGGGUGGACAACAUAAUGUCAGAUCUAGUUCCCGAAGGAUUAGUUACGCUUUCUUGCUAUAAAACAUUUCACUUCCCGUUGUGCACCGGCGAUGACCAUCAUCCACUGUCACGCGACAUUGAUCUUCGGCGUUAAAUCCGCGGCUGUUUCCUGGUGGAAAUCCUGUUUGACAAUCGAACAAAUUGUCGCGACUGUGUAGUUAUUAUGCAAAUUAUCGUAGAGAACUGAUAUUAAGAUUUAUCCGGGCUUUAUUGGGGAUUUAGAGGAUUAUAAUUACUUAUCUUCUCCCGUGGGAUUGUACGGACCCUUAAUGCCGAUGUUGUUUAUGACAUUUUAGCCGCAGCUUUAAAUCCGAUAUUAUUUAUUUAAUGCUAUUUUGUUACUGUCGGCUAUCGGUUUUAAAAUUUUAUUAAGGAAUCUAUCGACAAUGCAAUUAUACAUUUACAUAAUUUCAUAUCAUUCUAAUCAUAUUGCUUUAGUUAUAGUUUUACUAAAAAUUGUAUACUAUAAAAUUUUUAAUGUUCAGCAUUUAUUGUAUAAUUUUUGUAAUUGUGAAUAAAAUCUGUAUAUUAUAUUUAUAACUUGAUUAUGUGGAACGCUUUCUCCAAGUUUGUAACCGUCUAUCUAUACCUAUCGGCACGAGUAAUCCACUGUAUUUUUUUCUUUGAACCGGAAUAAAAAAAUUAUAGUUGCUAAUCCCUUUCUAAAAAAAGGGGGAGAAAAGGAAAAGGAGUUAUAUAGUUAUAAAAUCUAUAAAAUCAUGGCUGAUACGUCAAUGGAGCGAUCAUAUCCGUCAAUAGCACGUAACAGCACUCGUAAAUCUACGAGCGGUGAAUUGCAUGAAUGGGUAGCGCGUGAUAACGACGCGUUAAAGACCGUUCGGUUAUCGUUAAUCGACGCGAGAUCGACCGCACGUGUAUCGCCACGUUUUGAUAAGUACACGCAGGUACACGCACGAGAGAACGAUGCGUAAAUCGCGAAGGAAUGCAGGCCGACGCGAAUUCUACGUUUCCAUCGAUAUUCCAUCGUGAGUUUGCGAUAAUGUGUUCAGUGUCGAAACGAGAGUUACGUGUCUUUUUUUAUUAUUGUGUCUGUCUACCCCCCAUCGUCUUUACAUGCGCCGGGGAAACACCACGAUAAGAAACCGUGAUACGUUUCGCCAACCGUGAACCUGAGCAUCUUAUCAAACAAAUUCCACGCGCCGUGACUCACUGGCAACGAUACAUAUGUAUUACAUUUCCACCGUGCUAUGUCGGCGCGAUAAUCCGAAAUUAUAACCUUAAUCCGCUUACGAUUACGCACCACGCCGUCGCGCCGGUCGCUUUCAUCGAUCCCCGAACUCCGCCUACUGGAAGCAAUCGAAUCGGUAAUGGAUACCACUAUUUUGAUGAUCAGCGGAAGGAGGACUCCGAUGAUUCAUGACGACGGACGAGCCCACGGACACCCAGGCUGAUUGCCUCGCCACGGAACAUCUACGUCAUCGAAUUGCCCCAUAAUUAUUCAUAAUUGCCUUUGAUAAACGCCUUUAAUUGUGCCGCUGUAAAUUUUGCUUCUGAUAAUAAAGUAAUAAAUUAAUUUCAAGUAAUAGACAAUUAGUUUUCUUCCCGUAAACUUAUCGCAAAAAAAAGGUCAUUGGAAAUUACAUUUCACAUAUACUUGACAACUUUGUUUCGCUAAGCUUUCUUCACGCUUUGUAUACAUAGAUAGCUUUGUUUCAUUCAUCAUUCUUUGCAUUUUGCAUACAAAGUGCGUGUAGCUUGCGACAAGUUAGGAAACGCGCGAUUGCAGACGGAUCUCGUUUCUGAUCGUGUCGCGUCACCUGAUUUCUUAAAGGAUUCAACGGAACCCGUGAGGUUCUACAAUUGUUGGUGACGGCUUUCCUUCGCAUCUUGUCGGCUCUCAAAGUAGUUAGUUCCGUUUCGUUAGCUCGGAACGGCGAACGCGCGCACGCGUGAAGUCCCGUCCAUUACAGCACGGUGAGAAGGCGUGUUUCCACCGUGUGAGAGGCGUCGCGACUUCCAGACGGGGACCAAUCGAUGAUUUCUCGAGAGUCAUUAACUCACAUAACGAAUGAUGCCAGGAGAGCGUCGAUGCCGAUACCGCCAUACUGUUGUGCAUGGCGCUCGCACUCUUCAUCUUUAUCAAUCAAAAUUUAUGCGGCUGCGGAAUUAUCGGGAUUUAGACAACGAGCCGGAUUAUCACUCACUUCACGGUUUAUCAUGUAUUAAUUGAUCGUGCGAUAGUCAAAGCCUAGCGUAUAGCACAAAUAAAUAAGUUUAAGGAUCAUGUGAAUAACAUAAAAAAGAAAAAGAAGAAGUAGUUGUCGCGCAAUGAACAUUCAUCGAGGCUCUCACGAGGGAAUAUAUUCCUGUCCGGUAGGUCAGUAACAUACGUUACUGAGCGACGUAAUCACCGGAAUUGUCGGAGACAAGUGAACAUAAGAUAAGAUAUCAGUUUGGCAACAUCGUUGCAAUCGAGUGACGAAGUAUAUAGACGACGCCCGCAACUUGCACGCCGGCGUUCAGCUUCGUUAACUUUAUCGGCAAAUCUCGAAUAUCGGGUCCAGUUGGUUGUGACACGUCGCGGAGAACGCAUCGUCCCCUCGAUUCACGCGAUUCCGUCGUGUCGUUCACGUAAUUAGCUUGAGAUUUUCGUGGACGAGGACUUAUCGAAGAAUCAAGUCUUGGAGUUUCAGUCGCGAUAUAGCAAAAUUUUGCGUUUGUGUAGAAUCGAUUGCAUAAAUAUCUCGAAUAAAUUUGAGAUGACACGUUGCCUAUAAAAUUCGCCGGAGAAUUUUUGUACGUGCCAGAUCGGCGGCGCGGUAGCCAUGUCAUCGCCGGAUCGGCACGGCGGAUCAUCACGAGAAAUCGGCGUGGAGCCGGGAGAGUGCCGUCGUCGUCGGCCCGAUAUAUUUGGGGCCACCGAGUAACAGCCGACAGCCGAGGGAUCGGUAACCGAAGGGUCGAUCCACCAGCUCGCAACCUACGGCCUCCUUGCUGGCCUGGCCAGCUACUAUGCGAAUUGAAGCUCUCAGCACCCUCGUCGCGGUGGUUUGGCUGACCGCAGUCCUGUGCCCGCGGCUUACUGCCGCUAAUAAUCUGACUUUAUCCUUCUCCUCUCGAAGGCCUAGGGAACAUCCUUUCAGAGGACAUAUCUCUCGCUGGGUAGAACCACUGGAGGAGCCGACGAACAAGCGGAUGACAUAUCGGGAGAUGCAGAUGAUUCUGCGUCAGGAAGGGGGCGAGGAUGGCCUCCCGGUUGACUGCUGUCCUACGAUAGAGGAAAUGGUGCAACCGGUCGGCGGUCGAAAUCGAGAAGACAUGUACGUCGAGCUCUAUCGGGACGGCGAGAACGUCCAAAGGUUCUUCGAGUAUUCCUGCAGGCCAGACGUCCUCGGCAAGCCGUGCAGGUUCGUCGACCGGAAGUUCAGCAACCAGUCUAGAUGCGUGCAAAAGUUCUCGUACACGUACGCUAUCAUCCAGAAUUCUGGAUCAAAGAUUGGAAUGGAAGAGCACAGAAGGCAUCAUCACAGGGAACACCAUCACUUUCCCGCAUUUUCCAGUAACACCGUGAGCGGAUCCGGAUGGACGUUGGACUACAUCAGUGUGCGAAGUGGCUGCAGCUGCGAGAUCAUGCCGAAGCCGAAGAAGAAGAAAAUCGUAGCAACCAAGGCGAGGAAAGUGAAGAGCAAACAGCGUCAACCAAGAGAUCAAGAGUUAGACCUUGAGACGUGAAAAAAGUGUCGAUUCUCGUUCUAAUGACAAUACAUUGUGCAGUAAUUAUGUUGCGACGGACAGAUUAAUGCGCGUGUGAGAUUAUGUACGAAACGUGGGGACGUGAGCGUGAAAAAUAUUACUAAUCGUCGGACGCAAUGAAAACGUUACCAACGAUCAUAUCAUCAAUUUUUCUGAUGACAGUUAUAUAAUGAUAAUUUAUUAGACAUUAAGCACAGGCGUAAAAACGCGUUGUUUUGUGAAUGGCACGUUUGACGUCGAUCAAUCGAUUUGUACUCCUUGGUGCUUCAUUUACAAAUAUCUUUCUUAGCGUAUUUUAAAUAUUUUUCUAUUUAUUAUCAGAUAUUUUGAUAGGAAUUUUUUAUGAAUUAAACGUAAGCAUGAUUCAUCACAUUUCAUCAACAUUUGCCGAUUUUGAAAUUAUGAUCUUACAAUAACAAACCGACGAGAAAAUCGAGAACUUUUAAUUUAACGAAUGUAACAGUUGACCGAUGUCACGAUUCAAGAACAAUAUUUCAAGAUAAUAUACUUCACAUAAUUUUAUUGAUUCUUAAUAAAAUAGGCGCGUGUCUUGACGCGCAUUAAUUUAAUUAUGCUUUAGCUUAAUUAGAUCUAAUAUUCAUUUUAUCGGCGGCCAGUUUUCAUUUUUUUACUGUGUGUAUUAUAAAUAUUAUAAAUUUGUAUGUACCCAAGUAGCUUGUGAGAGUUCUCUCUAAUAAGAUAUAUAGUAUUUUAAUUAGAAUAUAACUCUUUGCAUCUAUAUCUAGAUCUGCGAGGCACGUUAUUGUUCAAUAACGAAGAUGCAAAUCAUAGUACUACUAAAACCUAUUUAAUUAAAAUUGGUGUAAAGUAUAUUUUAUUUAAACUAAUAUGAUUCAGCUUAGGAAACAUUGACUAUAGAUGAAUAAAACGUGCCAACAACCCCAUGACAAUUAUUAAUAUAUAUACAUAUAUCUGACUAUCGUAAAAAAUGCGAAAAAAUACUGAUAUAAAACCGUAGAUUAAGUAACCGUAGAUUUUUUUCACUGCACGAAUUUUCAUUGCACCUCAAUACGAUGCGUAUAAUAAAGAUAUAUUAAUAAUGAAAAUAUUUCUCCUACUAUUUUUCUCUUAUAUAUUUUGUUGCACCAUACGUCAAUAGUUUUGAUUAAUCCCUGUAUUAUUGCGAUGUGCAAUGCAGAUUUGUGGAGAGUAUUUUUAAUUUACAUAUACUCGCAAAAUAACUUUAUAUUAGUGCGUUUCUGAAAAAUCUGUAAUGCACAGCUGUACAUAUUUCCGCGGGAAAUAAGGAAUUUGCUGUUUUAUGUCACAAUGUCUAUGUACGUUUCAUAAUAUUAACAUGCUUUUUUAAUUACUUUUGAGACAUAUAUUUCUUCACUAUAACUGCCAUAUUAAUAGUUUAAAUGAUUUCCAGAUAAUAUUUGUUGUAUUAUACGUAACACCGUAAACCUGCGGACAUGUUUUCUGUAUCACCGUGUAAACAUUGUACAUAAACGUCAUUAAUACACUUGUUACAAAAUCUGAC